UGUGUGACUGUGGGUAUGUUUGUUAGAUUGUGCGGUGUGUGUCUCCCUGACUCCCAGUGACAGUGGAAAGAGAGGUGAGGCGCAGGCAUUGCGUGAUGGACGUGUAUCAGGAGGGAUUAGUGGUAAAGAUAGGCAGGCGUGUUCUCUCUCUGACUAGGCGGAUUUCAAUCUCUCUCUCUCUUCCAACUGUUUAAACUGCUAGUGUCUCAUCUCUCUCCAAACAACUGACUGCUCUCAUCUCCCAUGGCUCUGUAAUAUUUGUGUGUGUGUGUCUGUGUGGGGUGUGUUUUUAUCUCCCUGUUUGUGUGUGUUUGAGAAAGUGAUUCAGUCUCUCUUUCUGUGCGAUGGCACUACUGCCUAAAGAGGCAGAGCGAUUCGAUGGGCUAUCUCUGCUAUACUGGACCGUCAUGGGGCCUCACGGCAUCAACCGGGCCAUCGAGAGACUGGAGUUCUGCGACUGUAAGAAAGGACUGGGGGUGAAGAUCAUCGGUGGCUACAGAGAGCAGACACGUGAGGAGUUUGGUAUCUUCAUCAAGCGGGUAUUACCGGGAGGGCUGGCUGCUCAGGAUGGGAGGCUUAGAACGGGCGACCUCAUUUUGGAAGUAAAUAAUAUGAGUUUAGGAGGAGUAACCAACGAGAGGGCGGUGGAUAUCCUCCGGUCAGCGUCAGCCUCCAAUCACAUGUCUCUGAUGGUUGCCAGGGACGAUGAAAGCAGGCGGGAGUUCAUUGAGUUGAUGAAUAAGUAUGGCUCCCACAGCAGUUUUAAAGGAAGCUCAGGGAGGGUCUCCCCUACACAGCUCUCUACAGGAGGCAAGACAGACUCCUCCUCCUCCUCCUCCAGAUCUACCAGUCCCACCAGCCAGCUCCUCAGUCCUAAAGAGGGGGUCACAGGACCUCCCUAUACCACUGGGCCCCCCUAUACGUCAAACCCCAACACAGCCCCUACACAGCCCGUCUUCAAUGACAUCAUUCAGUUGAUAUGCAUCUCAAAAGGAACAGGCCUGGGCCUCAUCAUCAAGGGGGGAGCUAACCGAGCCGAGGGACCAAUGGUGUUGAUUCAGGAAAUAGUGCCUGGAGGAGACUGCCAGAGGGACGGUAGACUACAGCCAGGAGACCAGCUGGUGUCGAUUAAUAAGGAGUCGUUAAUCGGAGUGACUUAUGAGGAGGCUAGAAGUAUCCUGACACGCACCAAACUCAGACCAGACCCUACGGUGGAGAUAGCGUUUAUGAGACACAGAACUUCCACCAGUUCUGCUUCCUCCAGCAGUGGCCCCCAGAGUCCUUUGACCGCACAGGGCGCAGCCAGUGGAGCCUCCUCAGUGCCCCCCACCAGGAGAGGGACCCUGGCUGUGCUGGGGGCCCUGCCUCCCCCUCGGUCACUGCUCCAGCACAGGAGAACCACGCUCCCUGCAGCCCUCCCUGGAGCUCCCCUGGUGGUGCCCAAGAUCACCUCCACCCUCAACCCCACCAGCGAGACCCUGCCUUCUGUCAACCUCAGCCAGGUGCGAAUGAGGACAGAACAGACGUGCGUCUCCUCCCCUCCUCAGAGUCCCAGCACCACAGACGCCAAGCCUGAAUCCUCCCCUGUAUGGCAGCCAGUCAGCAGUCACGUACCACAAAGGAAGUGCUCCCUCAGCUCCAUCUGUCGCCUCAAACUGGAGAGGCUGGAGCAGGCUCUGGAUGCAUUGGGACUGAAUCCUACAGAGGCACAGAGACAGACGUUGAGGGCCAGACUACAAACAGACCCUGCUGGGACAGUGGCCUACGCAGACUUUGAGACGCUGACGCGGGAGCUGUUCAAGCUACAGUUUGAGGAGUCAGAGGUGGGAGGUCAGAGGUUAAAGUUUGUGUCAGAAGACCUCUCCAGCCUCCUAGAGUCACCCACCAAUACACAGACUUCACUGUCUGACUCUGAUGACCUAGAGGAGAUGGAGAGACUGAGGAAAGACCACAUCGAGGCUCUGAGAGAGAUCAAGAAACUACAGGAGCAGUUGGCAGAGUCCGAGAGACUUCAACUGCAGAUGCAGGGAGAGCUGAACAAGGUCAAACAGGAGGUCAAGUCUGGAGUUGAGGAGAGCCGUGCACUGCGGAGCCGGAUCCACCUGUCUAAGGCAGCCCAGAAGCAGGCCAGAGGGAUGGAGAUGGAUUAUGAGGAGGUGAUCCAUCUCCUAGAGGCUGAGCUAGCUGAGCUCCAGACCCAGAGGACAGAGCAGCCCGGCCAGUCCAGCCAGGUGCAGGAUGAGACAGAGGAGCUGAAGAAGAGAGUGGCCGUUCUGGAGUGUCAACUAAGGAAGAACGAGGAGGCCAAAAAGGGCGUUGAGGUGUCCAUGGGUAAACUGCUCAACUUCGUGGAGAAUGUCCAAGACUUCCUCAUUGAAAAUCAAGGACCUGUGAAGAGCUACGGCUCCGGUGACAUGAAGACUGGAGCUUCCUCUCAGCCCCUGGGAGCCCGGGUGGGGAAGAAGUCCCAGUGGACGGCCGCCACACUAACCGCGGAGGCUAAAGAACUCACACGGACUGUUAGCGCCAUUCUGGAGGUGGAGUAUCUUCCAUAUGGAUGGGAAGAGGCCUACACUGCAGAAGGAGUCAAAUACUUCAUCAAUCAUGUGACGCAGACGACAUCGUGGACCUAUCCGAUGACCUGCAGCCUGGGUCUGGGGUUGGGGCUGUCCGAGAGAGAGGGGGAGGUAUCAGCCGACGGACAGGAAGACAACACAGCCACCCCCAGCCCUGACCACACCAAGACUUAGACCUGGGACAGAUUCCAUAGGAUAUAACAUUGCAGAAUCUUUAGAUAGACGUGUAUUGAACAGAAUAGAUAUUGUGUGUUUUGGAGUUGGAUAAUAGAGAGGCCUCGCAGGAAGCUCUAUAUAUAACAUUUCUAUCUGAACGUUCUGUAGCGUUGCUCUUCCUCAAGAGAAGAAAACACACCAGGCAGUGGUGAAACAACACCAGUCCUCCUGUACAAAUAGAGAUUCAGUAGUACCCUAGAGGUGGAUACAGAGACAACUACCUGAAACCCUUUAGGAGCCCCAACAAAAUCUUGUCUUUAAAAUCAUAUAACUAGCUAUACAUAAUGUUUCAUUAAAUGGCAGUGUACGUUAGCUGUUCUGGUGAAUAUGCAGUUUUAAACUUUAUUUAUAUAUUUUUUACAUUGAAACUUAUCCGUAAGUGGGCUGAGGAGUGUAUAGACAGUUAAUUAAUUGUGUUAAAAUGAAUUGCACAAGGCUAGCUUCCCGGUUCGAUGGAGUUGAUUCAUGACUCUUAUUAUAUCACUGUGGGUUUCUAAAGAGUUACUGGAAUUGACUCUCCUCCUUCUCUAUUCUAUGUGUAUGCUUCUAUUUAUUCCUAUUACCUCUAUGAGGAACGGUGACCAAGCCCUCUCUCUCUUCAUCUCUCUAUCCACUUCCGCAUAAGUCUUUUCAAACAAUUUCACAACCCUCCAUAUUUUUCAUCCUUAGAAGCCAGCUUCACAAUGUGUAUUUUUCUUUUCCGAAGCGAAACAGGUUGGAGAAAACUCCAGUUUUUCCUGUUUGCUCCCUGAGCUGCACCUUGGAAUGCCAUUCCGAGAGGUCCACAUUCCGAGAGGUCCACAUUCCGAGAGGUCCACAUUCUGUUUUUAAAAGAGUUAUUGAAUGAAAGCAUGCAAUAGCAAGAGUAGUUAUCGAACAUCAUCCUAUUUGCUGUUAGUUAACCUUCUCUUUAACCUGUAGUAUUUGAUUUGAUUUACUAACUAGUUUAGCCAAGUGUUGCUAUUUGUUAUCCAAAAUACACUGUUCUGUGCCCUGUAGUGCUGCUAGCUCUAUUAAGAGAUCAAUCAAACAGUAUUUCAAAUGUAUAAAAGGCUGCAUUUACACAGGCAGCCCAAUUCUGAUCUUUUGCCACUAAUUAGUCUUUUGACUAAUCAGAUAAGAUCUUUCGCCGAUAAUUGGGCAAAAGAUCAUCAUUGGGCAGCCUGUGUAAAUGCAGCCUAAUACAACAUGUCAAGUGUGUUGUGUUCACAUCUAACCAACCAUUACCAGUGUUUUGCAUAAUAUUACUUGUUGUACUAAGUAUGUAUGAAGUCCUCACAAGGAUACUAAAACAAGGAAAAUUCGCCGGUUUUGGGUUAGGUUAAGAGUUAGGGUUAGGGCUAAGGCUAGGGGUUAGCGUAAAUACGAUUUUGAAUGGGAAUCAAUUGUUUGGUCCCCAGAAGGAUAGUAAAACAAACAUAUGUGUGUUGUGUGUGUGUGUCCAAGCCAAUAUCGACCGUGCACCAGGCUGGGAGUAUUGAUUUUCCCUCUCUAGCAUGUGUGGUUAAAUAUAUCCCCUUCCUCUGGAAACACCAAUCACACGACACACACAGACACACACUCUCUCUUUCUCGUUCUCUCUCUCGUUCAAACUUCUGUGUUCCAUAGAGCCGUGAUGACGAGCAGUAUCAGCGAUGUUGAUACCGUCUCUCCACAGUUCCAUAGAGCCGUGAUGACGAGCAGUAUCAGCGAUGUUGAUACCGUCUCUCCACAGCUCCAUAGAGCCGUGAUGACGAGCAGUAUCAGCGAUGUUGAUACCGUCUCUCCACAGUUCCAUAGAGCCGUGAUGACGAGCA